CUAGCCCUCCCCGUCCGACCGCUGAGAUUCCAUCUCAUCUCCCGGCGCUGUUCCUAUCCCCAUCUCCUCUCCGCGUGACCCAGAUGAGGAAUCAACGAUGAAGGCAUGCGGGAAGCGCGCAUGGAGGGCACUGCCAAGGCGGCGGCGCUGGGCGUGGAAGCUACCUCUACCGACAACAACACGAAUCAUCAAGCGGCCGCAGCGCUGCCGUCUCAGCUGUCGACGUCCUCUUCUGCGCCCCGGCCACGGAGGACUGCCACAACUGCUGUGGAUUCUCAUCGUCCGUGCAGUGCAAGGACGGGGAUCGUCCUCUUUGUGCAAGGGCAGCACAUCGGGAGCCGGCAAGCCACAACAACUAGCUUGCCUCACCCCUCCACGUCGACGCCCUUCUAUCUGAGCCUGUUGAACGCCGCGGUCAUCUACUACAUGGGAAGAGCUGCGACAUGCUGCUUCACCUCUAAUGGCUUUUUGCACCGGUCAAAAGACUGCAGGCAUGCAGAAUAUAUCUCUGAAGGACCUUGCCAUGACUAUUAUUGUUCGACCGUGCAUGUGUGAACUCCUAGGAUAUGGGAAUUUGGAAGCCAGGAAACAUGGGCACUAUUUCAGCUGGAUUUUGUUGUAGUAGAUCGCCAGGUUAGGCUGAACAAAGGGCAAGUAUUUUAUAGUGUUUUGCCUUCUGUGAAAAGUUGGUGAUCUGAAAUACUGAACAAGUUUGUUACUCUGACAGGAUAGACAAAGAACAUGCUGAAAGAGGGCUCCAUCUAUCGAAUCUGAAAUUCUGAUGUUCGAUUAUGUUUGCUUCUUGUGUUUACGGCGAUUGGUUUACUUGUUUGGAUAGGGAGGGAAAAGGAGUUAAGAGACAAAGAGAAGGCUCAGCACCUCUAUUUGCAUGUCAAAUCUGAGUAGAGAGCUGCAUCAAGUAUCUGAAGGAGAAGACAGAGAAGGAUCCCUACAGGAGUACACUGAAAUACCCACAUUGAACCCUCAAGCUGAGAUGAUCACUUUGUCAUUAGUUAGGAUCCAAACCAAUUGUUUAUAUUGUUCAUGUUAAUCUUUUAUAUACAAUAGUUACUUUUUUAUUAAUUUUACCUCAAGUUAAUUGUAGUUUAUUCAAAUUAGAAGGUCA